GGCCGGGCUAGUGCCACGGGGAUGGAGGGGGAUGACGCGGAGGCCGCGCUGGACCACGUCGUCACGGCGUUUGGCACGUACGAGGAGUACCUCGAUUCGCACGUCACCACGCAGGACCUCUUGCUCCUACAGAAUGAAGAGAUGGCUCGCCAGCUGGUGGAGCUGGGAUUCCGGGGAAGCGGUGAGGUGCUGAAAAGGGAAGAGUUUGAAGCAAGAAAAGCAGCUGCAGAAGCUUCAAGGCUCUCUGAAAGAACCCAGCAAAAAACACUAGCAAGUGCAGGCAAGGAACUGAAGGACAAUUUUUUGAAGGCGCUGGCAGAAAGGGAGGAAGCCAAUCGUGGUGGGAAAAUGUCUUCCGUAAUCUUCAUCCGUGACCGAAAUUCUCGUGGUCAGGAGGUGUCAGCGUAUAUUGACUAUGCACACAGGCUGAAGACUGAUGAAUUUGAAGUGUAUUUUAAUGGAAAGAAAAAACUUCUUCCAAGGCACACUGAUCUGAGCUUUUAUAACUGGGAUAGAAAUAUCAGCACUUCAAAUUCCAGUCCAAAUUACCAAGUGAUUGCAGAAAAUGCCUGUGGAUUGCUCUUCAAGAAUAAAUGUGACAGGAAAAUAAUAAAUGUGGAUCCUAAGGCUUACCCAGGAGACAACACAACUCGGACGCCAAUUGAAACAGAUCUUUACCUCCAAGUAGUAAUCUAUGACCAUGUCCUCAGAAGAAAGAUCUAACAAGUUUAUUGGAUCUUCCUUCGAACAUCUGUUUACCAAGUUAGGCCAUUGUAAUUGUAAGAGAAAUAAAUACAUUUGAAGAGAACUU